AUGACUCUAAAGACAUCGCGACGACAGGUGCUCGAGGACCUCUGGGACCUCGUCGGAAACCGGACAUCGAAAACAGGGACAAGUCCCGAGAUGGAUAAAAUUAACGUCUACCUAAAGAAAUCCAAGUUGCGCUACUUCACUGAGGGCCGGGCGAACGUAGUUUUCAGAGUGGAGGACGAGCAGGACGGCAGCUUCACCGGGGCCUUGCUCCGAGUCCCCAAAUCCACCCCGGGCGCCGAUCCCCACAGCUACAAGCGACUGCAGGACUACCGCGAGAAGUACAUCGAGCCCGCUGUCGGAGCUCAGUUUCUGGUUCCUCAGUUCCUCAUCGAACUCACCGAAGAGCAAGCCAAGGACUUGAGCCAGAAACGCGAUGAGAAGCUCGACAGAAACGAUGGGAGCAUCAUCCCUCCUGGAUACGCCAUGUUGAUCCAGGAUAUGUCUCAGUGGCCCGGGUCUAACCAGAUUACCCUCGAGUUCAAGCCCAAGUGGCUGGCCCAGUCUCCCAUCGCGCCCGAGGACGCAACGCGUUGCCGUACUUGUGCGCGCGAGGCGCACCGCAACCAGGUCAAGCUGAAGGAGGGCAAAUCCUUUACUCCCCCGGUAUGCCCGCUAGGCCUGCUGCACCCGAACCCCGACAUCGUGACGGCCACCAUCCGAGACCUGGCCCCUUCGUGGUCAGAGGACGACCAAAGGCGGCUCAAGGAUGCAUUCACGGAGACCAAGAUCCUCGAGACGCUACGGCAUCACCAGGUCGCAGGCGACGAGGGACGGAUCAUGUUCGAGCACCCAGAGAAGCCUGAGUUCGGGCUCGCUAUGACGCUGAGGGAUUGCACGUGUUUUGUGAGGCUGGACAAGGGCACUGGCAAGGUCGAGAUCAAGCUCGCGGAUGUGGAUGAGAAGAAUUGGAAGAGUAAGCAGGUUUAUUGGCAAGAGUCGCAUGAUAUGUAUGUGGAUGGAGGGUUUUAUCAUGGCAGGGAGGAGCCAGGGAUGGAAACGCAUUGUAAGCUCAAGACUGAAUGA